AUGUUUCCAUUCGUUUUGUCUGGACCUUUGCUUUGCUUUUCUUUUAUUUUGUUUUGUUUUUGAUAAUAUACAAGUGAAUGGGUCCAAAACUGGGAUUAUAUUAUAAGGUCCACAUCCAAACAAAUGUAACCACAAAAAUUGCACAUUCUAGAUUCAGCUGUCUGUCAGCUAUGGAUAAAAUUCCAAGUCAGUUUGGCACUAGUAAAAUUGAAAAUCUCAUCCAAACAAAACCCCAGAUGAUUACCAUACUUUGUUAGCUCUCCCUCUCCUCCGAUAUAAAUACCCUCUCCACUCCCAUAAACAAUUAUUUAUCUCUCACCAAUAAUUAUUGUAUUUAAAAUAUUGAUUAGUUUUUUGCAUAUGGGGCACAGUCUGCUGGAGGCGUUGAACGUGCGAGUGGUGGGCUCCGGCGAGAAGAUCCUCGUCCUCGCCCACGGCUUCGGCACCGAUCAAUCGGCGUGGCAGCGCAUUCUCCCCUUCUUCCGCCACGAUCACCGGAUUGUGCUCUUCGAUCUCGUCUGCGCCGGCACGGUCAACCCCGAUUACUUUGACUUCCGCCGCUACACCACCCUCGACGCCUACGUCGACGACCUCCUCUGCAUCCUCGACGCCCUCCGCAUCGACCGCUGCACCUACGUCGGCCACUCCGUCUCCGCCACCAUCGGAAUCCUCGCCUCCAUCAAACGCCCCCAGCUCUUCACCAAGCUCAUCCUCGUCGGAUUCUCCCCGAGAUUCCUAAACGACCACAAUUACCACGGGGGUUUCGAGCAGGGGGAAAUCGAGCAGGUGUUCUCGGCGAUGGAGGCGAACUACGAGGCGUGGGUGAACGGGUUCGCGCCGCUGGCGGUGGGGGCGGACGUGCCAGAGGCGGUGAGGGAGUUCAGCCGGACGCUCUUCAACAUGCGGCCGGACAUCACGCUGUUCGUGUCGCGGACGGUGUUCAACAGCGACCUGCGCGGGGUGCUGGGGCUGGUGAGAGCGCCGUGCUCCAUAAUCCAGACGGCGAAGGACGUGUCGGUGCCGGCGUCCGUGGCGGCGUACGUGAAGAACCACCUCGGUGGACGGAGCACGGUGCACAUGCUGAACAUCGAGGGGCACCUGCCCCACCUCUCCGCCCCGAAUCUGCUGGCGCAGGAGCUCCGGCGGGCGCUGCCCCGGGCAGGUUGAGGUUGAGGUUGAGGAAUAAUGAAUGAGGACAGUUGGCGAAUAAUUCAUCUUUCUUUUGGGUUUGGGUUUGGGUUUUGGAUAAGGAAUAGGCACGUGAUCGGAUUUUGUCUUCCACUCUUGUUUUCAAUUUCUUUUCUUUUUGGGUGUGUUUGUUUUCAGCUUAAAAAGGAAUCCAUUAUUUCCCAUGGAACGGAAACGUCGCCGCAUGGAUUGCGAUUGAAAUUAUCCCAUAUAAUACCCCACCCCACUACUUCAUUUCAAUCUUCUUCUUCUUUUUAUAUAUAUUGCGAACACAGCUUUUGCUCAA